GUAUACUUGUUUGUUCAUCUUUCAAAUCAAUAUUAUUUGUAUUCAUGCCAUAAUAUCUAAUUGUAUCUCCUGCACAGCAAAAACAAAUCUUUUCCUCUCUUUGAUGCGUUGGGUGAACUCUAUGACGGUAAAUUUUUUCCAGCAGAUUGCGCAUUGUUUUAUCUAUCUGCAUUAAUGAAUCACAACUUUUUUUAGGGCAAACUGCUGAAGGCAGCAUGAACUUCACUUCUAUCAAGCCGCCCAGACAUGCUAAUUUUACACAGGUGAGUGUCUAUCUUGAGAGAAGUGACUCCUUUCCUGAUGCGAAUUGGGUUCCUCAAGAUUAUGAAGGCUUGACCACUGAAGUUGAAGAAGAAGAAAAUACAAUGGAGCAUGAAAAUCAGCAAACCCACAUUGGUACCACCUCAAGAGAUUGUGGAGAGAAGGAUGGCAACGAGAGAAAAUCUGCAUCGAGAGAAAGGGUAGAUAAGCCUGUGAAGAGAAAUAGGAGGAAUGAUGUUGUUGAUUUGAUGGGAAGCUACUUAGAGAUGAGAAAGGAGGAGGAGGCAAAGACGAGGGUGGAGACAACUAAAGUUGAUGAAUGCUCAAUAAGAAAUUGCAUUGCUGUUGUGGAAUCGAUGAAAGAUCUCUCAGUUGAUGAGAAAGUCAAAUCUUUUGGAAUAUUCAAGGAUGCCCACAAUAGGGAGAUCUUCAUGAGUGCAGGGUCAUUGACUCGUCUUGUGUGGUUAAGAACAAUGGAUGACCGUUGGACCAGAAAGAUACUGUUUUUCAGGUGGACUUGCUAGUACCGGGUGGAGUUACAAUGGCAAUUGGCAAGUGUCGCAGGGCUGUUGUGAUGGGCAGUAGUACUAGUAGAUUUUUGGGACUCUAGUUUCUAGUGUAAAUACACUAUUUUUAUAGGACUACUUUCUGGGCUGUUUGCAACUGCAUUGAUUUUGAUGUUGAUCCGGUGCUACAAGUUCUGUGUACCUUGAGUUAUCAAUGCAUGGUAGAAGUUACCUUGUUGCUAGAACUUUGUGGCAGAUAUAUUAAUGGUGGAUCUAGUUAUAAUUUCUUAU